AUGAAUCCGGUUGAAAACAAGUCGCUUUCCGCGGAGACCGAACAAAUGAACAGAGUUUUUGCGGAACUAAGGGCCGCAAAGUUCAAUUUUCCCCGAGGAUGGAACGUGGACCGGAACAUCGCGGUUACAGAGCAGCCAAGCCGCAGAUAUGACUCCGAGCCGCAUGUCUCGGCACAGCCGAGUCGGACUAAUGUCCAAGACGCAGUAGACAUCGCGGCCGGGGCGGAUCGUCCAACACACAGUCUCUACAGGUCAGACGCCGAGAUAAUGGGACUAGAUUUGUUCGGUGAGCCGGCCGCCGCACCGGUUUACCGACAGAUCCGGCUGCCGAAUUAUGCGGGCCCGGCCUUCCGGUCAGCCAUGGCGAUCGUGGACGCGGCGUUUAACCGGCCGCUCCUACUGUCAGUGGACAGCGUCGUUGUCAAUCCAUCUGCGGUCCUAAAGACGCCGAAAGUCCUGCGGCGGCUAGCGGACUGCCAAGUCCUGGCCGGACGCGACGGUGACGUGGCCAGGAGGCGGUGGUCUUCCGCCAGGAACAUUACAUUGCCAUUGGAACUGGAAACUGAAAACGGAACGCGGCGGGCUGACCACUCGCCGGAAGCCAAGGGUAAUCGCCUUACGCUCUGGAGCAGGACAAAGCGGUUUAUCCACCGCAUGUUUUGUUGUGGCGUCUGA